AAAGAAACCUCUGUUUCUGUCUCCGAAAACCAAACCCUUCUUCGUCUCGGAGUAAUCAAACUCUAACAACAAACUCGAAGUCUAAAAUAAGAAAUCGAGUUUGGUAAUCUAAAUGCCGAGAAUGCGUAUUGAAGGAAGAGAUUUGGUUGAUCUUGUACUCUCGUGGUCUCUUCAAGAAGUACUCAAUGUUGAUCUUUAUAAAGGACAGGUGGGGAAGAUUCCUAUGGAGUUUGAAUCAACCGGAGACUACUUCAAGUCGUUUAUUCCACCUCUUAUCGAAGAAACACAUGCCGCUUUAUCGUCGAGUAUGAGGACAUUGUGGCAAGCACCUGUGGUUGAAAUAAGCUACAUUAUGCAAACUGCAGAAUUUAAGCUUCCUAAUGACUUGUUCUAUAAAGUGCGUUUGAGUGGAAUGAGUGAUAAUGUUAGUGAUGAGGCUAGUACGAAGUUGAUGCCUAGAGAUCUUAUCGCGCUAACAGAUCAAAGGCCAAACCAUGUUGAUGGCUUCAAUAUUUUGAGUGAACCUUAUAUAGUUGCUCUAGUGUGUAAGGCAGAUCCUGAGAGGCCUAAUGAUGUCACUAUCUUGGCUUCAAAACCCCUUUUCGUUGAGGAUGGACGGAGGAAGAAGAAUGAGAAGAAAGAACGCCUUUUCGGUAUUCAUCUUGUCAAUUUAACCACUAAUAUCCGUAUUUGGAAUGCAUUGCGUCCUGGUGUAGAAGGUGUGAACUUGAAUCUUAUCUCAAGAGUCCUUCAAAGAAACAGUGAGGAUGAAGGAUUUUGCAUUCACUGUCUACAAGAAGGAAGUGAUGGUCUUGCUCCUCGUCAGUUUCUGAAGCUGAACCCUUCACAGGAAGAUGCAAUACUGAAUUGUUUGGAUGUUAGAAGAUGCUACCAUGCGAAUACCAUCAAACUUAUUUGGGGACCACCAGGAACAGGGAAGACAAAGACAACAAGUGUGUUGUUGUUCACACUAAUGAAUGCAAAAUGUAGAACCUUGACAUGUGGUCCGACGAAUGUUUCUGUUCUUGAAGUGGCGUCAAGAGUUGUGAAACUAGUCUCUGGAUCAUUGAAGAUUGGUAACUAUGGUCUUGGAGAUGUGGUUUUGUUGGGGAAUGAGGAGAGGAUGAAGAUCAAAGAUAGGAGAGAUCUUGUUAACUUCUUCAUUGAUGAACGCGUUGAUAAGCUUUACCCAUGUUUUAUGCCUUUUUACGGGUGGAAAGCUACAAUUGAGGCGAUGAUACGUUUACUUGAGGACCCGAAAGGGCAGUAUAAUCAAUACUUGGAAGAUCUGGACCGGGUUAACAAUGUGAAAAGAAAAGACACUGGUUCAGUCUUCAAACGCAAAGGAAAUGAGCAAAACGUAAACAUAGUGGAAAAAGUAUCUGACUUUCAGGAGAAAGAUAAACGUCCUCAAUCAUUUCAGGAUUAUCUACCAAAGAGAUUCAGUGAACUUAGGAAAGAUCUGGACCUUCUUUUCUCUAGUUUAUGCACACAUUUGCCUACUGCUUUGCUGUCAUCUCAAGCCGCAACACGUAUGUAUGAAGCUAUUGACCUUCUCAGAGAUGCUACAAUUUUAGCUAUACCAGAUGGUGUGACUAGUGAAGGAGUAAAGUCGGUCCUCAUUACUAAUGGAGAAGGAAGUGACAGAUUCAGCAAACAUGUGACAGUAGAGGAUGAUUAUCUAAAGCUGUUAAGAUCUAUCCCUGAGAUUUUCCCACUUCCAGCUGUAAGUGAUAGGCAUCUUAUUAAAGAGCUUUGUUUGGGGCAUGCUUGCCUGCUUUUCUCCACAGCAUCAUGCUCUGCGAGGUUAUAUACCGGAACACCGAUACAGCUUCUUGUGAUCGACGAAGCUGCUCAGUUAAAAGAAUGUGAAUCAGCCAUUCCUCUGCAGCUUCCAGGAAUCCGGCAUUCAAUUUUGAUUGGGGAUGAGAGGCAACUUCCUUCAAUGGUCGAAAGCCAGAUUGCUUUAGAGGCAGGAUUUGGGAGAAGUCUCUUUGAAAGACUGGCCCUUCUUGGACAUAAGAAAUACAUGCUAAACAUCCAGUACCGGAUGCAUCGCUCGAUAAGUAUCUUCCCAAACAAAGAGUUCUACGGAAUGAAGAUUCUAGAUGCUCCAACGGUCAAGCAAAGAAACUACACGAAGCAAUAUCUUCCUGGAGAAAUGUAUGGACCCUACUCUUUCAUCAACAUAGCAUAUGGCCGAGAAGAAUAUGGGGAUGGAGAAGGACGUAGUCUGAAAAACAAUGUUGAGGUUGCUGUGGUAGCGGAUAUAAUAGCCAACCUUCUCCAAGUUUCAGAGAAAACAAAAACACGCAUAAACGUUGGUGUUAUUUCCCCUUACAAGGCUCAAGUAUUUGCAAUCCAAGAAAAAAUUCAAGAAACAUGUAGAGGUGAUGCAGGAGGACUCUUCUCCCUGAGGAUUCGGACAGUGGAUGGGUUUCAAGGUGGCGAAGAGGAUAUUAUAAUAGUUUCAACUGUUAGGUCGAACGGUGUUGGAAGGGUUGGAUUCCUUGGAAACCGCCGAAGAACAAAUGUAUUACUCACUCGAGCAAGGUUCUGCUUAUGGAUACUUGGAAAUGAGGCAACUUUGAUGAAUAGCAAGUCUGUGUGGAGGAAUCUGAUACAAGACGCAAAGGAACGUGGCUGUUUCCAUAGUGCUGGAGAAGACGAGUCAUUAGCUCAGGCUAUUGCUAGUACGAAUAUCGAGUUUAGGCCACUGAACAAUUCAAAAUGGAAGGUUUGCUUCAGCGACGACUUCAAGAAAUCUGUGGGAGAAAUUAAGAACCCGGAGAUUUAUAGGAAGAUUAAGAAUUUCUUAGAAAGGAUGUCACAGGGUUGGCUUCGUGAAGAAGAGCCGGAAAGAGACAAUCUGGUUUCUUCCUCUCAGCUGUUAAAACAAAGCAAGAUCGAUGAUGUUCUUAGGCUCAUUUGGGCUGUAGACAUUCUUAAGGAAGACUUUCACUAUGUUCAAGUUCUGAAGAUUUGGGAUGUUGUACCAUCGUCUAAUGCUCCUAAAGCUGUAAAACGUCUAGACUUAAAUCAUACAAAAGACGAGAUAGAGAAAUGCAGAGCCAGAUGUAUCAGAGGGGAAAUAGUUGUACCCUUAAGAUGGUCUGUUGAGUCUACAAAUGGCAUACCUGAAAAUAGCUCGGUGGCUUGUUCAAGCGACGUUAUGGAGACGUUUGGAUCACUCAACCUUGCGGGAGAAAUGUUGUCUUCAGUACCAUCCAAUGACUCUGUGGAACCGUUGGAUGUUGAGAACGAAGAGCAGGAUUUCGAAGUAGACCGAUUAGGGGAUCUUUUUGACUCCAAACUUACUCUAUGACAUGGUUUCCUCCUAUGAGGAACAAAUCUACGUUAGUGUUUUUGUACAAAUUCUUUUUGUUGUAAAUUAGAAAUUGUGUUUCCACUAUGUACUUGCUUUAAGGUCCCAACAGAGAUAUACUCAGAAAGCAAAAUCUGAAAAGUUUGAAUCAAUAGUUUCUUCUUCUACUAUCGUUUACAAUAAACUUAAAAGUCAAUA